GGGAACUCAUCCCUGCUGGGUGCUUUUGUCAUUGCUCCAAGUGAGUGCUGCGCUAAGAGUCAUCACUGUUAACAGGUGGGAGGGAAGCGAGAGGCGCUCUCUUGUUCCUGUCACUGCAGCUGCCCAGGGACAGGAAACAACACAGAGCUGCCUUUUGCUGCUGCUGCUGUUCCUGUCAUUGGCGGUGAGUCUCCAAACUCCCUUCUGAAAUCGCUACACCCACAAACCCUCAAAGGAAGCUGUCCUUCCUCCGUUUGCCAACUUUAGUUGUAUUUGGGGACAGAGCCAAAGUAGUUCAGCCAGGAGCAGAAAGUCUUCCAAGAAAAGUUCCAGGGAAACUGGGGGCAGGUGAGUUGUGACCUGCGCUUUCUCUGAAGAGUAUCUAAGACUGUCGCUGAAGUUUUCUUUACUUGAUUAUUGUCUUUUAUGUCAGUAUUUAUUAGCAGUGAAACCUGAAUCUUCCCUAUCGGUUUGUCUGCAUGUCAGCCACUGACAAUCCUUUUGCUGAAAGGAAAACUUGGUAUAUGUGCAUCAGGUAGCUGACAGAAUUUAUCCCUAAAGACAAGAAACAUGCACUGUGCCAUUCUAAAGGCAGAAGCAGUGGAUGGGGCUCAUCUUAUGCAGAUCCUCUGGCACGAUGGGGCAGAAUCCCUGUAUCCAGCAGUAUGGCUGAGAGACAACUGCCAGUGUUCUGAAUGCUACCUGGAUUCUGCAAAAGCAAGGAAGCUUCUCCUAGAAGCUCUUGAUGUGAACAUUACUAUCAGAGACUUGGCAUUUGACAGGAAAAAGGUUUAUAUCACAUGGCCCAAUGAACACUACAGUGAGUUUGAAGCUAAUUGGCUGAAGAAAAGAUGCUUUUCCCAGCAGGCCAGAGCAAAGCUCCAAGGAGAAUUGUUUUUGCCAGAAUGUCAGUACUGGGGUUCAGAGCUCCAGGUACCUACCCUGAACUUUGAAGAUGUUUUGAGAAAUGAUGAGUAUGCAUACAAGUGGCUCUCCAGCCUGAAGAAAGUGGGCAUUGUGCGACUCACUGGAGCGUCUGACAAACGAGGAGAGCUUGGGAAACUUGGGAAAAGGAUUGGAUUUCUCUAUCUCACAUUUUAUGGACAUACCUGGCAAGUGCAGGACAAAAUUGACGCCAACAAUGUGGCUUAUACCACUGGGAAGCUCAGCUUCCACACAGAUUACCCAGCCCUCCAUCAUCCACCUGGGGUGCAGCUUCUGCACUGCAUAAAGCAAACAGUGACAGGAGGGGACUCAGAAAUUGUAGAUGGUUUCAACGUGUGCCAAAAACUCAGGGAACAAAACCCGCGGGCUUUCCAGAUUUUGUCCUCGACUUUUGUGGACUUCACCGACAUUGGUGUGGACUACUGUGACUUCUCUGUGCAAUCAAAACACAAAAUUAUAGAGUUGGAUGAUAAAGGCCAAGUGGUUCGUGUCAACUUCAAUAAUGCAACCAGAGACACAAUAUUUGAUGUGCCUGUUGAAAGAGUUCAGCCUUUUUAUGCAGCUCUGAAGGAGUUUGUAGACCUCAUGAAUAGCAAAGAAUAUAAGUAUGUCUUCAAGAUGAAUCCAGGUGACGUGAUUACUUUUGACAACUGGCGCAUACUCCAUGGCCGCCGCAGCUAUGAAGCAGGAACGGAGAUCUCCCGCCACCUGGAAGGGGCUUAUGCUGACUGGGACGUGGUCAUGUCCAGACUGCGUAUCCUCAGGCAGAGUGUCAAGAAUGGGGACUGAACCUCAUGUCUGCAGAUUUUAUAAGAUUCUAGUGAUUAUAUUUUUUAAUCUGCAAUCUAUAGCCUGGUGAUUCACAGAACGUGAUCAAUGUCAUUUACAUAUUAAUUUCUUUUAAGCUGAAUAUACAAUUUCUCUCACAAGUACUCUUCCUUGUAAUUAAACUCAAUGUCACAGCAGUGUGUCUUCUCAAAUAAGGUGCCCCUUCUGCCCUGUAGUAGAUGCUCUAACUUGCUUUGCCUUCCUGAUGGUCUCCAGAAAACCUAUAAAUAGUUUUGUAACAAAAUUUUCUUCAA